AUGGGUCAGGCGUUGUGUUCCUGCUUGCGUCGCCAGACGACUAAGACGGCUCCAGACGAGGAGAAUGGAUCUUCUGCCGUAGCGCAUGUUGGUGUUCCCACCGUCGGCACUGGCGAAUCGGCUCUCCAGUUGGAGAAGAAAGGCGAAGAAGUGCACACCGGUGCUGUCGAUCUGAGUGGAGUGCAGACGACGUCGCCGGAGGACGAAGCUGGCGAUGUUGACCUGUCUUCUGGAGAUGAAGCAGAUGGUGAAGGUCCCACCAUCCCUCUACCUCCACCAAAAGCGGGCUUGGAUUCGCUACCCGUGGAAACGAUUCGGCAUAUAUUGGCCUUUCUGGGCACGCAGCGAUUGCCAUUGAACCGGGAGUUUUUCGCUCUGUUUGCUCCAGACAGUAGUUUGGUGCUUGCGGCUUGCCGACGCGGUUUCGCUGCCUAUUUGCAACUAGUGCUACAGGCGAAUCCAGAUGCCCUAGAAAAUUGCGCAGACCGAUGUCGAAUGACAGCGUUGCAUCACGCGAGCGAAUCCGGGUCCUCAGCCGCGGUUGAAUUGAUGCUAAAGCACGUUGCUGCUCACGUUCAGGCCUCUUCUACUAGUACAGGAGCCGCCGUUGAUAAUGAAGUCUUGCAAAAGAUGGCUAACGCUUUAGACGUCUGGAAGUGCGUGCCCCUCCACAGAGUGCGCACUGCAGAGGUAUGCAAGCUGCUGUGCGACAUCCGCGGUGCCAAGUUGGACGCAGUGACGCGUGCGGACGUCAAGGAUACGCGCAUAUUAGCGGGAGAUGCACCACUGCAUGUUUCCGUUCGCUAUGACCUUCCCGAAGUCACGAGUGUGCUUAUUGCAGCAAAAGCAGACCUAAAUUUAGAGCGGUAUUUUAAGAAGCUAGACAAAAUAAAGAGUUGCGUUAUAGACCUAGACAUUUCCUGGUAAGUUCUAGAAAACAAAUACAAAACUAAAGAACUACACUGUAUGCCUAUGCAGUAUGUGGCAUGCUAAAAAAGCGGCUCGAGAAAAAUCCCUAUUGUAGCAGGAUCUAAAGACACUAGCCAACCGCAACGGGGAGUCACCGCUAGAUGUGGCGGUCGAGACUAGAUCAGAGCGCUGUGGUGCACUAUUAGUUCAGAAGGGAGCGACCCGCGCUAUAUGGGGAGCCCGAAAAAUGACCUGGUACCAAGCAGUGGAAACGCAGUUGGUCUUCCUGAUCGAAUACAUGAAGCGAAAGGGCUGUCCAAAUCCGGUAGUCACUUUCACUCUGCUUCAGCUUACGAAUAUGAUGUAGCUAGGAUCAGGUUAUGUUGAUGUACUUAGUUGAUGAUUCAUGUCCAUGAUCUCCAUCUCCACUAUGUUGUGGUGAAGAUUCUCUUUUUCCAGUACUACAACUCGAUGUCGAUCGAGUCAUGAUGAUAUGAAUUCUGCAAUCUUUAUUUCCCAUCCAACAAAAUUCUACGUCAGAUAAACGCUUUGCAUGACAAUAUCGAAACUGCGUUACAUCUCGCGUGUCGUCGAGUUAUGCCAGAGGUUUGCAGGAUUCUGUUGGAAGCUAAGGCAGACGCGACAAUACGCGAUCAAAGAGGUCGGACCGCACUGCAUAGGGCAGCGGAUCUUCGCUUUAACAACACUGGAUUUUUUUUCUUGACAGCGAGCAUGCCGGAGUUGGAUAAGGAUCCGCAUAAGAAGAUUCAAAUAAAACAAAAUCAAGGUGAAGAAGAUCAUACGUGUUGUUUAGCCACAGUGCAACAGCUGCUGGACAACUGUCCCAAAAUCUUGACCUACAGCGACAAUGAAAAGGUCACGCCGUUGAUGCAUGCGGCAGCUUCCGGUAGUCUGCAACUAGUGAAGCUAUUGCUGAGUGACGAUAUUCUCAACCGAGUCAACGUUGACUUCGGCACUGCGGGGGGCUCUAGUCCGUCUUCUAGCAAAAACAAAGCAGGAGGUGCGCGGCCUUCUAGUUCGUCUAGUAGAUCGACUCGACGAGACGAGGAAGACCUUUCUCCUACUACGUCACAAAAUAACGGCUCUUCUGGGGCAGGGUCUGCGGAUGGUAUUGAGGACCAGGAAGCGUGGUUAGUUGUGCAGAAGCGGCAGAAACGGAUGCGCAGCUUGUUGCGGAACAGGGACACGCGACUACGAAGUGCGCUGCAUUAUGCUUGCACAGGUGCGGACUGCGUCUGCAUCGUCGAAUUUUUGAUACGGAACGGCGCGGACCCAAAAUUGGAAGAUGAGAGUGAGCGCUUACCAUUUUUGACCGCAGUCAGUCAGGGCAGCUGUGAGGUGGUCAAGUGGUUCCUAGAGUCCGCCUCAGAGAGGGGUGCCGCAGAAGUCGAUGCGUUGCUCAAUGCGGUUGACCAAAAGCUUCAGACGCCGCUCAUGCUCGCAGCCGGGAAUCCAGAAAUACUCGAAGUGCUACUGAAAAGAUGUACCUAUAUCUUCCAGUUCCGCAAAACCUAAUGCUAAAUCUUUAACUUCAUGACUUUCUCUAGGACACCUUCUUUCUAUAGAGGAUGGAUACGAUAGUACCGCCCGCUACAUAAGAAAUACCGGAGAAGAAGAUCAUACAAAUAAGAAGAAAUCUGCCGCGGCCGGAACUUGACGUGGCGUUGUUGCUUCUACUUGAGGUUGUACUUCCAAAUCGUCCUCUCCUCGUUGUCCAGAUAUUCCUCCAGACGCUUCUAUGGAUGAGGCAGGAUCAGCCUCAAGAGCGAUCGCGUAUAAGAGUGUUAUUGAAGCACAGGACUGGGAGGGACGCACAGCAGCUCAUAUUGCCUGCCAGCAUGGGGACUCGAAUAGUCUGAAGUUGCUGCACGAAACAGGCAGGCUGUCGGUGCACGAGAGCAUGGACUGGGGUUGGACAUGCCUAAUGCUGGCGUGUGAUCGCGGGUCCACAAGUUGUAUUCGAUACCUUCUUAUGACACUCCUUUUUGCACUCGUAGUACCCAAAAAGAAUGUCGCAGAAAAACUGGGAAAUUUUCUACUUCCACCUAACCCCAAAUGCUAGUCCUAAAGCUAAGCCCCUUAAGCAACCGAAUGCUCGGAGCAUCUAGAUCUACAAGUGAGCUUUUCUUUUUCAUGCGUAUCGCAGAAGGCGUCGAUCUUGCAGCUAGACGCUCAGACGGUAGCACAGCGAUACUAGUCCUCGGCAAAACAGACAGGAUAGCGGACGCCAAGGACAUGCUACCGAUCUUAGAACUAUUGGGCGGCACAAGUUCGAACCAGAACUUAAUCACCGACGACACGGAGACGAGCAGUUUGCGAACUUUGAUGCAUUUUGUCGCGGGAAAUGCUCACAUUAAAACGAACCACCACCUGGUCCUGCAUUUUCUUAUCAGUAUGGAGGGACGUCACUACUUUGAAGAAUUUUCAUCCAGCCAUCCGUAGAAGAAGAUGAACAGUGAUGCUGAGCAGCUCGUUAGGUGAUGCACACCAUUUUGUUUGUAACAAAUAAGAGGCGGCUUCGUUAGCUUUAUACGUAAAGCUGCGCAAAAGUUUUAAGGUUUUCUAACACCAACAUUUCGGCAGACUGCAACCGUAAAGACUCUGUACAGUGGACGCCUCUACAUUACUGCUGCCAGCGAGGCGAUUCCAGUUCCGUGGAGUUGCUGCUACGCAGCGGCGCUGUUGAUUCUCCGGAUGAUACCGGAACGACCGCCAAGAAACUGGCUGAAAAGUGUGGCCACCAUCAUUUGCUGAACCUGUUCGCAGAUCGAGAAUUAUCACAGACCUAG